AGUUUAUAACCAUACAAUAAUAGAUUUCUAAGGACCCAUUGUUUAAAAACUUUGAAGAAGAUGCCUGAUUCUAGAUUCCAGCAUCUCUUUAGUUGCAUGUUCCCAGAAAUUUUGAAAAAAAUCUUUGGUCUAAGAUUCCACAUAAUCAACUAAAAUACAGCAAUCUUAAUCUGUGUAUCUAUAAAAACCCAAUGCCCUUUUGUUUGAUGCAAAAGAACAAGUUUUCUUAAGAUCAGAAAUAGUAACUAUGUCAGUCACCAUCCAGUGCUUCCGUUUGUUGCCUUUUCAUAUUAUUAUUCUGUUCCUUUUGUUCAAACUUGAUUAUUCUUUUGCUACAACAAACCACAAAAAUGAUGAAACCUCUUCAGGACAAAAUAAAUAUUUCUUAGUUCACAUUGGAGUGAUUGUUGAGCUGAAUUCUCCCAUUGGAACCAUGAUGGAUUUAUGCAUAAAAAGGGCCCUCUCGGAUUUUUAUUCGGAGCAUCCAAAUUAUAGAACGAGAUUGCACUUACACACCGAGGAUGCUGAGAGUCUGCUGGAUACUAAUUUUGCAGCUCAAAAGUUACUGAAGCAUGAAGAAGUGCAUCGAAUUUUGGGGCCACAGGGUGCCAUAGAAGACAAAUUUGUUGCAGAACUUGGAGGAAAAGUUCAUGUGCCAGUCAUUUCUUUCAGUGCCAGAAGCUCAACUAUUUCCGGUGCACAAAAUUGAUACUAUGUUAGGACAAUGCCGGAUGAUCUGUAUCAGGCUCAAGCUCUUGCAGCCAUUUUCCAAGGAUUUAAAUGGCCUGAAGUAGUGAUUUUGUAUGAAGAAACGGAAUACGUCAAUCAUUUUCUUUGGCAUCUGAAUAAGGCACUCCAAGAAGUUGAAAUUGGGAUAGCGUAUAUGAGUGCCAUCACAUCAGAGGCUAUUCAAAUAUUUAAAGAACUCAAUUAGC